GCAAAGGACAAGACAAAAUGCAUGCCUACAAAGCCUGGCUGGCCCUGACAGCCCUGACGACAGGCCUAGCACGGUCGCAACCACACGAAUGCUACCCGUCGAGGGACGAGUACAACUGCACGCUCUCGCUGCUGGCGGACCUGCAGAGCUACCGGCAGCUCAUCGGGCUCUGGGAUUCGGAUUGCCGCCGGAUCGGGGGCGUGGGCACCGAUCAGCAGUGGGAGCCGGCGGCGGCCCGAUGGAGCAUCGGCGGGCGCGGGCUCGAGCACACGGUCGAGCUCGUCAUCACGCGGGAUAGCACGCCGCAGCGACCCGACGGCGGGUUUUGGUACGGUGGCGACUGGUACUAUCUCGACCGCGGCUGGCUUUACGACUGUGCGGACGCAGACAGGAGGACUGCGUGCACGCAGGUGGAGUUUAGGUGCAAGGAGUUUUGAGAGAGGGAUGAUCUUUUUUUUUUGCUUUUUGUUUGGGUGGCUGGAGUUUCAUCUCUAGGUAAAUUGACAUUUAAGUUAACGAUCGACAAGGCGAGAUUGGAUGAGGAGAAUGCCCCCAUUUCCAGGAGUUGUCAACCCGGUCGCGGAAUAGAUCAGGUGGACAAAGAUUCCAAUCUAAGCUCAACCCUGCUGUUGCGGUUCCAGAGAUCGGAGACAAAAAAAAACCAAUAAUGAAUAAUGCGCGAGAAUAUUCUUCCUGCGCGCGUGGUGGGGGUCUUUGGGGGUGGGUCCCAUUUUCAACAAGCUUUGUGGGGAUCAAAAAGGCUUGUCGCUAUGCCAAAUCUUGGCUUACGAAGUCCAGUCGUGUUGCGAAUGGUGUGGGGGAAAAGGUGGGAGGGAGGGAAACAUUGCCUGG